AAAAAUUCUAGCUUUCACGAAAAAAUUUUGCUUCGACUCCGCAGUUUCGGGAUACUUUAGCGCUUCGGUGAAGGCUCGCUCGACCUGCACCUACGAUCGCACGAUUCACUGGUGCGUCUCGUCCUCGUUGGAGGCCAAAAAGUGUAACUUGAUAAAGACGGUGUCCAACGCCAUGAACUUGAAUCUGAGAUUCGACUGCGUGUCGAUGAAGAACCGAACCGACAGCUUGAGAGCAGUGAGGACCGGCGUGUGUCACAUGUUCGUGGCUACUUUUCGGGAAGCUUCGGCGGCAAAAAAAACCGGUCUGAAAUCCAUCAUCGAGUUGAUGCCGCACUCCGGGGCCAGAGACGAGGCCAACGUCGUCGCGGCGAUCGUCCGGAAAAAGUCGUCGUUCAAAAAGUUCGCGGACCUGAAGGGGGCUAGAGCUUGUUUCACGGGCUUGAGGAGCGUCGGCUGGAACGCCUUCUAUUACCGAAUGACCAACAAAACGAUCGGCGGCAAGAGAUCCGAUUGCUCGGACGUCGGAUUCGUCACGAACUAUUUCAAGCGGAGUUGCGUUCAGGACGUAGACAAGAGCAAAUUUCCCGUUAAUUUGACGACUCUCUGCAAGAGAACGAAGGCAAACCUGUCGGACGACGAGAAAACUUUUCGAUGUCUCGUCGAGGACGGCGGCGACGUCGCCUUUGUCAAUUACACGGCGGCCAAGGGCUACGCGGCACGCAAUCGCACGAUAUUCACCAAUCAGUAUCGACUGCUCUGCCCGGAAGAAAAUUCGACGGACAGAUCGUGUCCGUUGGCAAAAGUCAGCAUAGGAUCGAUUUUAGCUAGCGAUCGUAUACUUCCGGUCAAAGAGGAAGAAAUUUACUUGAUGUUCGUGACGCUGAAUCGAUACUUCGGGACCAACUUCGCUCGGGAAACUCCGAUGUUCGAUAUGUACGGAAAAUUCGACGGGGUUCAGGACGUCAUUUUUCCCAGAGCCACGGCAGCUUUCGAACGAGUCAAUCCCGCAGUUUGGUACGAUCAGCCGAAAAAUCAAUCCGAAAUUUCCAGAGACGUCCAAGACUGUCACCUGAGAAACGCGGCAGCGAGCUACGAUUGGAAAAUUCAAGGAGCUAUUAUUUUACUAUGUUUAUAUAUUUCGUCUCUGUAGUAUAAAUAACCAUCGCUGAUGUAUAUAAUCCGAGCGCUUAAAUAUUAUUAAUUGCGACCGAUCUCGAUGUUUUUUUUCUCGUGAGAGCUGUCGCGCGGAUUAAAUUUUUAUUUAAACAAGGAAAACACAAGUUGCAACUGAUCAUACAAACUUCACGCUCCUCCCCACCCGCCUCGCGAUUCCCACUAUAUUAUGUAUCGAGAUAACAACGCGAAUCCG